AUGGCUAAAGUUCAGUUGUGUCCACUUAUUCCGUGUAACUUCGCCAUGUUCUGUGGAAUGAUAUACAUAACCGUCAUUAUGGUUGGCACAUUUUAUUUUUCAAGCAUUAUGUCAUAUCAGCAACAGUCAUACACACAUCUACAGCGGAACAACUCAUCAAUGUAUUUAGUGAUGAAUCGACGUUUAUCCUUUGAUCUUAUCGAUGAUACAAAAGAAAAGUACUAUUAUGUAACAUUAAGUCAUCCUCAAAGUCAGAUGAGAAAAAUAGGAAACUCUUCGUGGUUAAUCCAUUUGUGCUACGUGCAAUGGCUGUUGCCUUUAUUUCCGUUCUGUGAUAAACAUCAAAAACAGAACCAUUCGCUAUUAACGGUACCAACGAAAUUGACGAACAAAAUGCAAUCGGAAAACAGUACAUCUAUUGAGUUUGAUCAGAAAGACAAGUUAACCAAUGACAAUCAGUACCUCACAAGAUCCCAGGGAAAAUACAAUAUUAUAGAUCUACCAUUUUCAAGGCUGGUGCCUUUGGUCUACGUAAGCAGUGCAUUCAUUUUCGGCGUUGGACUUAUUAUCAUAUUAGUCUUCUCAUUAUGUGUUUGUAUACGAUCAUGUGGAACUGAUUGUAAUAGUUAG